AUGGAUGCAUGUAGUGAAGAAAGGUCAUGGUCAAGCUUGAACAAUGAACUCUUGUCUCUUAUACUUUCACGUUUAGUUAUUAGUGACUAUCUUGCCUUUCAAUCAGUAUGUAAGUCAUGGAAGUUAGUAACUUCACUGCCCCAUUCCUCGUUGCCAAUCUCACUUGAUCAUGCUUCACCACAUGAUACCGACUCAUAUCAAGCUCCACAUCUAAUGUACUUGAACCACAAAACCCGUUUGUUCCAUUUCCAUGAUCCAACACACAAUGCCAACUAUUCACUAGACAUUCCUCAGUUAUUGGGUGAUGGUGUAGGCGAAGUUCAACUUUAUUAUGCAAGUUGUGGUUGGUUGCUUCUUCGUAAAGGUUAUAAAUCUUAUUUCUUUUUUAAUCCUUCGACUAAGGUUAAGAUAGACCUUCCUGACAUAAUAUGUAAGAGGUUUGAUUGGAUGUGUUUUUCCGGUUCACCAACUUCUUCCAAAUGUGAAAUUGUUGGUUUAUUUCGCCAAUCUCCUGAUCACAUUACAUGUAUGGGAACACUGAGGUUGGGUAAAAGUUCAUGGGAACUAAUGUUCAACAUGAAAAGCAAUCAAAAUUUUGUAGCCACCAAUUGUUCCCCUGUUGCACAUAGGGGGAAUUUUUAUAUUCUAGGAGAUUCUGGAAAUUUAGGAAAAUUUCGUAUUUUACCCGAGGGAAAUCGUAAUCGUAGAAUAGGCUCUUGGAAAGUUAUAGGUAAAUCGCAUAGACAAUUUAAGAAAUAUCAGAAUCUAUACCUUCUAGAGAGUGAUGGGGAUCUCAUGUGCGUGGCGACUCUUGAUGUAGGGGAGGUUCAUGUUCUAAAGCUUGAUUGUGAUAUGAUGUGGCAAAGAGUGAAUAAUUUAAACGGUAAAAGCUUAUAUGUUUCUUAUUGGGCAUCCUUCGCACGAAAAGUAAUGGCACAAGGAGUUGACAACAAGAUCUAUUUUCCAAGAUUCUAUGAUAACAAAGGAUUGUUUUAUUGUUUAGCCACCAAACAAUGGCGCAAUUUUCCACGGAGCUUUUCAAGUAAGGGCAAUUAUAAUACAAGUGAAGUAGUUCAUUCUGUAUGGACGGAGCUUCCUAAUCUUACUGAUUCUUCAAAUUAG